GUGGAGAAUACAAGUGCAAGUCCAUCAAUGAACAUGGAGAGAAAUACUCUGAUGCUGUGACUUUAAAUGUCAUGUACCCACCCAGGAGUGUCUCAGUGUCCAUCAGUCCAUCUGGUGAAAUAGUGGAGGGAGAUUCAGUGACUCUGAGCUGCAGCAGUGAUUCAAACCCUCCUGCAGAAAUCAGCUGGUAUAAAGGAGGUACAUUUGUAAGAUCUGGAAGAAUCUACAGCAUCUCAAAGUUCAGCUCUGAUCACAGUGGAGAAUACACGUGCAAGUCCAGAAAUAAACAUGGAGAGAAAUACUCUGAUGCUGUGAUGCUGAGUGUGAUGUAUGCUCCAAGAAAUGUAGUGGUGUCCAUAACUGGAUCUGGUGAAAUAGUGGAGGGAGAUUCAGUGACUCUGAUCUGCAGCAGUGACUCAAACCCUCCUGCUCUGAACUUCAGCUGGUUUAAGGAGAAUCAAAGCUCAGCUGUUGGAUCUGGACAGAGUUUCAGUGCACUACAGAGUGGACGCUUCUACUGUGAGGCUCACAAUCAACAUGGAUCUCAGAGAUCAGACGCUGUUACUGUCACAGGAGCCUCUCGCCCCCUCAAGACGUUUCAGAAGAUGCUGGGUCUCAUGGCCUCUGCAUCUCCGGUGCGACAGCUGGGCCUGCUUUGCAUGCGGCCUCUUCGGUACUGGCUGAAACCGCUAGUUCCGUCCCACGCCUGGCGUCUCUGA